CGGCACUGUAUCGUAAUCAGCAAGUGACCCACCGAGCGGGCACGAUCUCCCGUCCCCGUCCCGCGUAUAAAACCGCGCCAUCGGAUCGCUCACCGAGUUCUCUUCUUGGAUCGCGCCGCUCCACACACACCCCCACGCCGCAACGACUACUACCAACCACCACCACUGCCCACUGGCCGCGCACCCCGCUCGAUCGAGAUCGAGGCACGGCCAGGAAGAAGAAGAUGCCGCCAGCUCCCCGUCCCAGCCCCGGCGCCCGCGGCGGCGCGGCGACGCCGCCCAGCAAGCCGCAGAGCCCGCUCCGCAUCACGCACGACGGCGGGUUCUACGCGCGCCUGCUCACCAAGGAGUCCUCCCUCGGCAACCCGUCCUUCCGCUACUACGGCGCGGGGCCCGGCGCCGUGCCCUUCGUGUGGGAGUCGCAGCCGGGCACUCCCAAGGACGCCUACUCCUCCUCCCGGAUGCUGGCCGCGGGCGCCGCCGCGCCGGCCAUCACCCCGCCGCCCUCCUACCACCUCCGUGGCGGCGCGGCGCCGGGCCACGGCUCCCGGCGCCACGGCAGGGCCCGCGGCAAGUACUGCGGGUACAAGCUCAGGUGGGUCAAGGUCGGCUUCAUCGCCACCGUCUUCCGCCGCCUCGCCUUCGGUAAGUCCUGCAGGUCCUCGGCGGCGGCGGCGGCGUCGGUCAAGUCCUCGUCGUCCACCCGCUGGCUCUUCUCCGGCUCCAGCGCCACCGAAGCCCGCGACCAGGAGUAUGGCUGCGGCUACGAGCCGGCGCCGCCGACGAAGAGGGUGCUCUGCCUCGGCAUCCGUCCCAGCCCAUGGCUCGUGCAGUUCUGCGGCGGCGACCGCAAGGAGCCCGGCUGGGUGUACGGCUGGCGCCCCUAGUCGGCCGGCCGCCGGUCGCUGUCGAGCGAAGCAUAUGUCCACCGUCCGGUCCGUGUCCAUGUCCAUGCUAAGUGGUUGAUCGGGGCACAUCGGGCCGCCCUAAUUUAAGUGAUCUAUAGGAGCUAAUUGUUCGUGCAUAUGGGUGUUCCCUGUUCGAUCCGGUGUCCGUCAUUGUGCUUGGAAACAAGAUAAGGUGAAAGCUGUUCGUUUCGGUCGUUUAGUGCCGUCGUGUUGCCAUGGCCGGAUAUAUUGUAUACAUGCAUCUUGUAACUAACACCUCCGGGACGUUUGCUGGUGUUGUCUAGCUAGUGGUGUAUGCAAUGCAUUUUGUCGAUCGUGACGGGAGCUGACAGUUCACGUGUUCCGAAACUCUCGGUGUCAGGAGUUCUUCCAUCUGCAUUUGGGAGGGGUAUGUAGCUCUGAUGGAGCUAGUUCAGAACUCA